GGUCUUGAAACAUGUUGGUUCACAAAACUCUGGGAAGCGAUUUCAGAACAAUAUUGCUAUAUUUCACAAUCCUUUGUUAAAGAAUUUGUAAAAAAUUGCACAACAUGUGCAACACAAAGAAAUUUUCCUAAUCCAGUGGCUGGAAAGCCGAUAAUUUCUAGUGCUUUUCUCAAUAGGGUUCAGGUCGACUUGAUUCGUAUGACUAGUAUUUCUGAUGGCAAUUACCAUUAUAUUUGUCACAUGUGUAAACACUUUACCCGGUAUUCUUGGGCCCGGGCUUUAACAAGUAAGCAACCAAUUGAGGUUGCUGUAUUUCUUUUCGAUAUUUUUGUUUGUUUUGGUGCUCCAAUCAUUCUCCAAAGUGAUAAUGGCCAUGAGUUCACAGCAGAAAUAAUCAAAGAAUUAUUAACUAUUUGGCCCAACGUUCAUAUAAUUAAUGGCCGUCCAAG